AUGUCCGCCGAAAAGGAUGUGAAGGAGGUUGAGGAAGGCCCGAAGGAGUCGUUCGGUGGCUGCGACUCGUGCUCCGGCGUCAGCUGCACUCCCGACGGCCUCAUCGGCUUGAACACCUAUGACUGGAAGUACCUCUGCAUCCCGUCGCUGCCUUGCUUCGGGCCAGCGAAGUCCCCGCCGCUACUGAAGCCGGAUUCGAAGCUGCCACUGAUGCUGUCGUUGAUCAUGGGACUGCAGCACGCCCUGGCCAUGUUGGGAGGUAUCAUCACCCCACCGUCGUUGAUCUCCGGCGAUGCCUGCUUUGCAUGGCAGUUGGAUCAGGAGCUCUGCGACUCCAAGCAGUACAUGAUCUCCGCAGCGUUGAUCUGCUCGGGGCUGCUGUCCCUGGUGCAGAUCCUUCGCUGGAAGCUGAUCGGAGGCUACACUUUGGGAACCGGCCUGAUCUCCGUGAUCGGCACGUCCUUCACCUUCCUGCCCAUCGCACGAGAGGUCGUGGUUUCCGAAAUCCAGGCUGGGCGCAGCGGCAUGGAUGCCUACGGCAAAUUCCUGGGAACCUGCUUGGCGGCCUCAGUGACAGAGCUCUUCAUCUCUUUCGUGCCGCCCCGCUACCUCAAGAAGAUCUUCCCACCUGUGGUCAGCGGCACCUGCGUCUGCCUCAUCGGCGCCGGCCUCUCGGUCGCUGGCCUUAAGUACUGGGGCGGCGGGGUCUUCUGCGCGGAGAACGACAUGUCCCGGGCCGCGGCCUUCGGCGCACCCCAGGUGUGCACCGGCAACGGCGACGUGGCGUUGCCCUAUGGAGACGUGCACUACUUCGGCCUGGGUCUGAGCGUGAUGAUCUUCUUGGUCUUCAUCCAGGCGGUGGGUUCUCCCUUCAUGAAGAACUGCUCCGUCGCCCUGGCGCUCUUCUUCGGCUUCUUCGUGGCGGGAGUCUCCUCCUACACAGCAGAGGAUGGCACCUCUCUGCCGUAUGUCAACGGCGACAAGAUCGAGCAAGCCGGCGUCUUCACCUUCCUCUGGACGACCACCUUCAACAUCGGCUUCUACCCUCCAGCUUUCAUCCCUCUGCUGCUGGGCUUCGUGAUCACGGCGGUGGAGACGGUCGGUGACAUUCAGGCCUCGUGCGAUGUCAGCGGCCUGCCCAUCGAGGGCCCAGAUGCCGACUCCCGCAUCCAGGGCGGCCUGCUUGCCGACGGCGUGAACAGCUUCCUGGCCUGCCUGAUGACUUGCCUCUCGGACGCCAAAAACAACGGCGUGAUCGCCAUCACGCGCUGCGCUUCCCGGGCCGCCGGCAUCGCCUGCUGCUUCUGGCUCAUCCUGCUGGGCUGCUUCGAGCGACUCGGCGCUGCAGCGUUGCAGUUCCGCACAGCUAGGAUCUUCCAUGCUCAUGCCGUGCUUCGCGAGCAUGCAAACACGUCUUAUGCUGGUGCUGUCCUCCCUCAUCAUCAUCUGCCUUCACUAGACUGGAAUCUAGAACCAGCCAGGAAGUUUGGUGCCGCCAUCGCCUCCAUUCCGGAUGCUGUGCUGGGCGGCAUGACCACCUUCCUGUUUGCCAACGUGCUCGUCUCGGGCAUCAACAUCGUGGGUGACUUGGCCGCCGCCAGACCCGCUGCUGCAGCCGUCCUUCUCUGCGAGGGCGGACAGAUGGGUCGGCGCACCCGCUUCAUCCUCGCCGUCUCCCUCGGCGUGUCCAGGUUGCAGUUGGCACCAAAACUGCAAUGCGAGUGCUAG